AUGGCAGUGUUUUAUGGUACCUCUCCUGCUCCAGCACACGGGUCCUGUGAUAUCGUCCGAACCCCGAGGCAUCUCGAUCCACAGCACCCCCGAGGCAUCUCCACAGCACCCCCGAGGCAUCUCCACAGCACCCCCGAGGCAUCUCCACAGCACCCCCGAGGCAUCUCCACAGCACCCCCGAGGCAUCUCCACAGCACCCCCGAGGCAUCUCCACAGCACCCCCGAGGCAUCUCCACAGCACCCCCGAGGCAUCUAUACAGCACCCCCGAGGCAUCUCCACAGCACCCCGAGGCAUCUCCACAGCACCCCGAGGCAUCUCCACAGCACCCCCGAGGCAUCUCCACAGCACCCCCGAGGCAUCUAUACAGCACCCCGAGGCAUCUCCACAGCACCCCGAGGCAUCCUUCUGAGUCCAUGGAAGAUAUAAUUACUAGGAAAAGGAAAGAGCAGCACCAGAGGUCGGCCAUGAUUUGUGCUACAGAUCAGACGUUCCAAGUUAUGGGUCAGAUAUGGGAAGGAAUUUUCAGAUCAGAUUUUUCCAAUAGUUUGGCAGCGAGUCGCCUCAAGCCAUCCACUCCUAGGCCUCCAUCCAUUCCCGCCAGCCCUUAUAGCACCCUCGCUAACCCUUCCAGAACCCUCGCUGACCCUUCCAGCACCCUCGCUGACCCUUCCAGCACCCUCGCUGACCCUUCCAGCACCCUCGCUGACCCUUCCAGCACCCUCGCUGACCCUUCCAGCACCCUCGCUGACCCUUCCAGCACCCUCGCUGACCCUUCCAGCACCCUCGCUAACCCUUCCAGCACCCUCGCUAACCCUUCCAGCACCCUCGCUAACCCUUCCAGCACCCUCGCUAACCCUUCCAGCACCCUCGCUAACCCUUCCAGCACCCUCGCUAACCCUUCCAGCAUUCCCGCUAGCCCUUCCAGCACCCUCGCUAGCCCUUCCAGCAUUCCCGCUAGCCCUUCCAGCACCGCCACUAACCCUUCCAGCAUCCCUUCUAUUAACCCUUCCAGCAACCCCCCACCAACCCUUCCAGCAGCUCGGCCGACACUUCCUUUGACUCUCAGUGAUCUCUUGCCCGGGUUAACGGCUGGCUCCGAGUCCUUAGCGGGGUUUAUGGCCUCGCGCCAGACAAAAUGA